AUGUCCACCCCAACAACCCCUCCACACCCACUCUUGAUGCAGCCUACACUCUGUACAUUGCCUGCAUGCCUCAUUACUGCCCACAAAAAUUGUCUGGAAACUGGUUUCUACCUUGGCAAUAAGUCUGUUCAAAAGAACAUCCAUUGGGUUUGGGAUGGCCAUGCCAACUGUUUGGCUAUCAAGCCAACUGGCAGUGGUGAUGAUGGUUCUUCCAAAUAUGCCACUCCACCACCUGAGGGUACUGUGGACAUUGCACCACUUUGUGCUAUUGUUCAAAUUUCUGCUUCAGACUUUUGGCUCACUGCAGAUGCUGGGUAUCACAAGAAUUCAAAGAUUUGGAAGUCCUUGGCUGAUGUCAAGGCAUCCUGUGCCACUGAACAACCUGACAUUCCACCUGUUCAGGAUUACUCCAAGACAGCCCUGGAAAAUGUUACCUACUUUCAAAAUGCCAUUGCAACACCAGGGUAUGGUGAAAGUAAGGGAUUUCUCCUUCAUGGAGGCAAGCAUUUUAAAGUUUGUCACACACUGUUUGAGCCUUGCAGUGCCAACAGUGAAUCUGAUAACAGCUACUCUGAAACUGUUGCAGAUGAUCCAGAAGGUGCCCUUGUCGAGUUAUACUUUGCACUUUCUCAUUGGGCCAUUGCCAAGAAAAAGGGUAGCAUAGCUGCUAAUGUUUAUGGUGGUGAAAUUAUUAUGAUCCAAGUCUUAGCACCACCCCAUUCUACUGUGGCAGGCACUCCCAGGAAGCAAAAACUUAGCCUUUUCAUUGACCCUUCCACUAGUCCAAACAAGAAGUUUCACCAAAAUUAG